AUUUCAGUGUCGUAAAUUUUUGGUGCGGAGGGACUUCUGUGGGGGUUCGGAUUUAAACAUAUAUAAGGUGCAACCGUUAAAUACCUUUAAUUUAUAUAACUAAGUUUAUCAAGAGUUUUAAUUGACAAUAAGACAUCUGAAAAUUGCAUUACCCACAUUUGCUGUGGCAUUAAAGGUGGCCAAAUCAGUCAGUCUUCCAAUAUAUAUUGUUAUUGUUAAAAUGCGUGUCAGCAGUUUGCUUAGAUUCCGGAGCACUUCGCUUCAGACAAGCAUAGCGAAGCAGCAGCAGUAUGUACCACAGCAUAAACCUGCCGUCCAGGAUGAUAUUAAACGACUCGAGGAUUUCUUAAUCUCCAAGCCGAACAUCUUGGUCUUGUCUGGAGCUGGAAUAUCAACAGAAUCGGGAAUCCCAGAUUACAGAUCAGAGGGUGUGGGUCUUUAUGCCCGGACGAAUCAUAAGCCCAUCCAGCAUCUGGAAUUCGUUAAAUCCUCGAGUGUACGCAAACGCUAUUGGGCCCGAAAUUUUGUGGGCUGGCCCAAUUUCUCGUCCACACAGCCGAAUGCAACGCAUCAUGCCCUGGCCCGCUUUGAGCGAGAGAUGCGCGUCCAGGCGGUGGUCACACAAAAUGUCGAUCGCCUGCACACCAAAGCGGGCAGCCGUAAUAUCGUAGAGCUCCAUGGCAGCGGUUAUGUAGUCAAAUGUUUGUCCUGUGAAUAUCGCAUCGAUCGACACGAGUUUCAGACCAUUUUGGCCACUCUGAAUCCAGCCUUUAAGGAUGCCCCCGAUAUGAUACGACCCGAUGGCGAUGUGGAAAUUCCUGUCGAUUAUAUCGAAAAUUUCCAUAUUCCCGAAUGCCCGGAAUGCGGUGGUAAUCUUAAACCAGAAAUUGUCUUCUUCGGCGAUUGUGUGCCCCGGCCUCGACUGGACAAGAUUGCCGAAAUGGUCUAUAACAGUGAUGGUCUACUUGUGCUCGGCUCCAGUCUAUUGGUCUUCUCCGGCUAUCGCAUGGUUCUGCAAAUGAAGGACUUGAAAUUACCCGUUGCCAUUGUCAAUAUUGGUGAUACGCGAGCAGAUCAUUUGGCUGACAUUAAAAUCUCGGCCAAAUGUGGCGAUGUGAUACCAAAACUCUUUGAUUUUCGUAAAACGAAUCCCUUAUAAUUAAGUUCUUGUUGAGUGGUUAUUAAAUAUUAGAUAUGUGAUUUA